UGGAUUGGUACGCAGGAUAUGAGCAGUUUGUCAAGCGCAACCUGACUCUGCUCCCCCAUCAGCAAGCAGCGCAGCAGCCGGACGAGCAGUCUCAGCAGCUGGCUCAAGCACAGCAGACCGACAUAAUGACAUCCAUGUUCGAGCAACAGAUCAAGAGCGAGCCCAUGGGGUUCUACUCUGUUGCUUCCAGCCGCUCGGACGGAUCCAACUCCAUGGUGAAUCUGUCCGACGACAGGGAGGACCUCUCCCAGCAGGAGGGUCAUCUGCAGCCGCAACAGCAGCAGACGAUGCAGCUGAGUCAACAGCAGCAAAGUCAGCAGCAGGUUCAGCAGCAGAGUCAACAGCAACAGACGCAACAGAGUCAGCAACAACAGCAGCAGAGUCAGGGUAUGCAGCAGGAGCCACCGAGUCGUCAGUCUACGGGGCAGCAGACGGUGAAGGAGGGCUCUCGGUCCAAGCCGCAACCGUGCAAGGUGUGCGGCAAGGUGCUGUCCUCAGCCUCGUCCUAUUACGUGCACAUGAAGCUCCACUCGGGGAACAAGCCCUACCAUUGUACAGUAUGCGAGGCGAGUUUUUGCCGCAAACCUUACCUGGAAGUGCACAUGAGGACGCACACGGGCGAGCGACCUUUCCAGUGUGAGCUCUGCUUGAAGAGGUUUACACAGAAGAGCAGUCUAAAUACUCACAAACGGGUGCACACGGGGGAACGGCCGUACGCCUGCGACAUCUGUCAGAAACGCUUCGCCGUGAAGAGCUACGUCACCGCGCACCGUUGGAGUCACGUGGCCGAGAAGCCGCUGGUCUGCGACCGAUGUUCCCUCACGUUCACGUCCAAGAGCCAGUUUGCGAUUCACAUCCGUACACACACCGCCAGUACCACUUACGAGUGCAAUAUCUGCGGACGUACGUUCGUACGCGACAGUUAUCUCAUACGGCAUCAGAAUCGCGUGCACCGCGACAUGAGCCAGGGUAACACGAAUCACAAUCCGCCGACGCCGCAGAGCAGUGGUGGCGGCACGCCGGGCACCGGCUUCGAGAGUCCGGUCUGUGAUCUGCGCUACAGCGAGGGACCAUCGUCGUUGGACGGCCUCGCGGGAUCCAAGGGCGGCAUCGCCGCGGAGAUCGCCAGUUUAGCCAAGCAGAACAAUCUGCAGCUUCCUCUACCGCUGCUGCAUCCGCAGACCACCAACUAGUGUUUAGACGGCAGCAGUGCCUCCCAGUCCCUGCCGUCGCACCAGUCACCGCAGCAAGUAGUAUGUCCCACCGCGGCGCCAUCGCCGUUUACACUUAACUCACCUAUAUCUCACGAGCACACCACACCGCAGAGUGUCUACCAAACGACGGGCUCCUCCAACUCCUUGGACAGCCCCAACUCCCAACUCUAUCCGCACUUGUCGUCCCCGUCUCUAGACCCAUCGGAGCAUCAGCUGCACCGCGGCAUCCCUCCGCCAGGGCUUCAUCCCGCGCUCUACCUUUACGCUCAGUAUUCGAACACGAGCCCCACGAUCUCGUAUUCGGAGUACACUCAGCGUAACGAUUGAACGAACGCGAGUUUUCACCUAGCAUCGUCGAUCACUCGCCGACGAGCUGAGCGUAAACCGGUGCUAUCUAAUCGCGUCGUUCGUUCAAAGUGCCUACCAAGGAGCAUCCACUUCCGGAUUCGUAACAACGGAUGCUCCACACGUCACACGAUUUAGGAAUAUGGUUUCAGUUUCGGUCGGAGAAGGGUACGACGACGAUGAUGCGGCUGAUCCGCUUGAUCGGCUUACCGCUCGGCAAACGCUCACUAACGCACUUUGUGUCCAUCUGAUGGAUUCCAUAUACUCACGAGUAUACUUUUAAUACGAGAUUAAAUAGCACCUGUCCGAGGCGCGGCUUUUUAAUCAUCAUCGACGAGAUUGUGCCGGCGCAAAGGAUACAGACGUGACGUCCUAGGUGAUCGAUCGUAUAUCGCUGGCGCGAUGCUAGUCGAAACCGAAGCGUGACGUUUCCACGGAGUCUUCAGCAGUUUCAGCACUCUUGUUUCGUCUGGUUUCAAUCACGUCUCUGCGAGUAUACAUAUACAUAUAUAUAUAUGUGUGUAUAUAUAUUAUGCGAACCAUUACAACACACGUACACAUAUUUAUAUUAUAUUUUUAAAGAAGUUUAGUCACUUGGAUCUGUGAUAUAGAUAGUAAUUAUUAUCUACAAUGUUUAAACUCUAUUGGUUUACUACUUUCGAUGGAUAUCAAAACAAAGAAGAGGAAGAAAAGCAAUGUCACGGAGCGAUGUAGCCGUCAAAAAUCUUACCGACAUUGGUCUCUACCGACGGUGUGUUUGGUAGACACCCUACUAUUAAUUUUACUACAAAACAAAAGCAACUACAAGAACAACAGUAACACUAUAUACCGCUAAUGCUAAUACUCUACCACCACUAUUACUAUUCUAACUAAAUACUACCACGUCUAUCACCACCACCACUACCACCACCGACAUUUCCCCAACUAUAUAUCACCAUCACUAUUAUUACUAUACUAUUACUAUCACAACUACUAUUACUACCACUAUUAUGUAUUACUAUUAAUACUAAAAGCUACUACCAUCGUUAACGCUAAAACACAGAAACACACGCAGGCACACAACACACAGACACACGCGAGAGCGCGCGUUUAUUUUGGCAACCACGUAUAGCGCAUACGACUACGGUCCGUCAGAUAGUCGUCAUGGUUUCUCUUUAGCUUGAGACGCUACGAGAAUUCCUUCUCUCUAGUUUUCCCUUUAAAUCGUAGUACGUUUUAUCCUUCCGCGGACGCGUACGCUCGCCCGCGCUCGCGACAGGAAUUGCUCCCCCGCGGAAGACUAAUUACACACAGGCAGCUUCAGAGAAUCAGUUCCAUAGUUGUACUUACUUUCCACAUAUCGAGGUGUACUCUACACAGAUAUAUAUAUUGUAUAUACAUAUACGUAUGGCGUAUACGGGGAUGUAAUAUAAAUGCGGAAGUAGGAGGACGCACGUCGUAUAAAGCUGUUCCACGUAAAAGAGGCGCAAUAGGCUGUUGACUCUUCGAGCCAGGGACCGAAACCGAUGUGGCGAUCGGUGAGUUUAUACUUCGAUGUUUCUCGAAGCGUCCGGGAACGGAUAUCUCUGUGAUAUGAUCGGGACGAUUCGCAGGAGGUCCGUUUUCCGCGUGCUUGCGAAAUGGGCAAUUAAACUCGCCGAGAUCGACCGCGGCUUCAUUACCUGCCUCGAGCACUAUAUUAGCUAUUAGUUUUAUUAUUACCUCCUGUUCACUAACGCCACAAGCUUCGGUGCAAGCGCGGGGGAACCAUGACAACCGCGCGUAAAGCUGCGAGUUUAGCUUCCGAAAAGUGCACGUCUCAUACGCGGUCAUGCGCUUUCAAGUAAUUGACUCUAAGGUAGUUUUGCAACCGCGUGCAAAAUGCAACUCAUCCAUUAAGUAUGCGAGGUCGCGUUAUAGAGCUACGAAGAUACACAAAUUGAACAAAAACAUAACUAUAUAUAUUUGCACUAAACGUGCCUCGAGCCCCCUUUUUGUGGUUCUCUUUUUCUCCUUUCUCUCUCUCUCUCUCCCUCUCUCUCUAUCACUAUCAUACACACACUCUCUUACUCUCUUACCGACGAUUUAAUUUUCGCGUCGUGAAACGAUCAAAAUGAUCCUGUGCGCGUAUGCCUGAGGCUUUCGAUUUAAAGAGAAUACGAAGUCACCUGGGUAAGACUGAUUUUUACUGUUACGGACUGUGAAACGUUUAUUCUCUUUCGUCUUCUCUUUUUCGUUCCUUCUUCUUUUCUCCUCUCUCUCUCUCUUUCUCUCUCUCUUCUCUUCUCCUCUCUUUCUAAUUUCUAUUUCCAUUAGGGAGGCGCGAAUAGGCGCACCGAGCGGAAGGAACGGUGCGAUAGUCUUUCAUCGAUAAAGAAGAGCCGCGCAAACACACGUUCUUGUUGACGAUUAACUUUAAUUGACGGGACAAUUGGUUAACCUGAUCCGUUUCGUUAAUUAACGUGGCUAAUUAACCGAACAAUAAUUAACGCGUUAAUUGAAAUUAAAUAAGCGAUCAAUUGGAUUAAUUGUGCACGUAGAAAGAAGUGAACUCGCGAAUGUGCAAUUUUUUGGUUCACGACCAAAAUCGGAAAACGUGGUGCAAUGGGAGAAAGCAAUUGAUCUUUUUGUUGGCUAGUCAUUGGGCAGCUCUACACGAGAUAUUAAUUGUACUACAAAGCUGUGAUUAAAGCCUCCGUGCAUAUGACCGCGCAGCUCCUAAUUAUAGUGAUAUGUAUAUUUUGUAGCUUAUUAUCAGUGUUUAAGUAAAAUAGGUAGCCUUAGGAAUACCUAAAAAAAUUGCAGUUCCGGCCGAUCGGUUAAUUAUUCAUUUCGAUCUCUCUCUCGUUUUUUUUUUCUUUCUCGUUUUUCUUCGUUUUAAGCAUAUAUAUUUUCAGUGUUGGGCAAAGGCACACAUUUAGAUAUCGUAGGUUAUCGUUUGGUGAUGAUAAUUUUGUGUGUGUGUGUGUGUGUGUGUGCAUCGGUACGUGCGUGUGUGUUUGAAUAUUUAAAGAAAAUUCUCUACGAAUGCGCACGGGGGCGCGAUUUUACGUUUUGUGAAUUUUUGUAACGAUCAGUGUACUGUUUGAAAUAGAUGCUCGCUCUCGAGGGCGAUUUCUUUUACUUUAAUGAUAUAUUUUAGUUCGGUUAUGCGCGUUGGAGUUCGAUAAGACAGCGAAUUGUCAAUCGUUUUCGCGGUUUUUUACGCUGCGCCGAAUUUGUGGAAAAUUCUCGAUGUCGCGGUUUUUCAUUUCGCGCGCUAUUCAAGAAUAGCCGCGUGGGAGUAACGUACGGAAUUGUUUUUAAUCGAUGAAGCUUCGGUUUGUUUAUACGUUUCUGAUUAAACGUCAAGACUGGAAUUGCACAAAAAUGAGAGACGGUUGUUUUGGGGGAAUUUUGCGUGUGAUAGAAGUUAAUUUCGCGCGAUUAGGACGGAUUCACUCGUGCUAAUGGCAAUAAUUCCCGAUGUCUUAGAGUUUCAAUUCGUAAAUUUUAUUCAGGAACGAUCGUAGCCAGCAAGUACAUCGAUGUACUAGGACGUACUGUAGUGAGAUUUUAGCUGUGUUAUUCGAUACUUAGUAUACGAGCUAUUUCAGACAGUAUAUAUCGCAUAUAUACAUAUAGGCUGUAUGUAUAUUUUUAGGGUUGCCCAGCACUGAUCUAUCGCGAACACUUCCGAAUCGUUAGAUAACGAUCUCAUCUCGACAACACCGACCGCUUUUAUUUUUCGCGGACGUAUCUCCGAGUUCUAGUAUUCGUGGCAUGUAUAUCAAAAAAAACAAAGUAACACGUGUAUUUUCGUAAGAAGGGAGGGAAGGAUAGGUCCUCUCUUCGAAAAAAAGCACUCGUCGGACCAAUACGUAUGUACAUAUAAGAAGUAAUAAAAAGGGGAAAAAAAGAAGAGGGGAGAAAGACGUUAAAUACGUGGCGCUUCUAAAGCGCGGCGCACGUCUGCGAGUACUGAUAUUUGUUGUACGCGGAUACGCGAACGCGAGAUGCACAUUUCUUCGUUCAUCCAUUUUUUAGUUUGUUGGUUUUUUUGUUGUUCGUUAGUACGCUCUAGCUGAGCCCUUCUUUUUAAUCGUCUAACUACCGGACGGAUUUUCCGAAUGUUUCUUGCUUUCCUCUCCUCUCUUUCACAAGCGUGAGAAAUCUUUUUCAUUUGCGCGGGUGUCGAGGACAAUCUCUGUGUUUUUCUUUCGUCGUGCGAGGGAUUAAAUUCGAAAGGGUGGCUGAGUCGACGUGAAAACGAGUUAUGAAACUCAUUAGAUAUCUCAUUUGCUUUCGCUCCAAUCCGUCGUAGACAUUCGGUAUGAAAAGAGCGCAAGAGUGUGCACAGAGUUCGAGAGUGCCAGUAUCAAUCGUUGUCCCAAGCUUUUCCUGCUCGCAACUAAAACGGAUUCCGUAUUAGUUUAAUAAUGACCUAUAUCCUUCAUAUAGUGUCAUUGAUUACUUCCGGUAGUUGGAAGAUCAUUAUCAUCGCCAUUAUCGUCAUCGUCAUUAUCAUCGCAGAGGCAUCGCAUCGCCUAAUAUCGAUUCACUCCACGUUAUAGUGCCAGAGAAAUGAUCGAUCCUACGUCAACCGUCGACGUGAUUUGACGCAGGGUCGAUUUCACCGUAGUAACGUUUGUACGAAAUUCGACGAAAGGGUCACACGACCCCGAUCAUCACAUUGUUGAGGACGCGAGAACAUGAUAUAGACUAACACCGUCAAUCGCACGGAAGAGGGAAAAAAUUACGGCGAUAUGUCGUGCGAAUAGUGCGAUUUCGAAAUUUAUAAAAAAAAACCACUUGUACAUAGUGUAAUCAAUGAUAAGGUAAUCAAAAGGACGUACAUCGCGUUAAGAGUCAGGUGUAGGAGUUCUUAUACAAAAAGAAAAACGAAAAGAAGAAAUACAUGAAAUACUUGAGCAAGCGUUGCCGCAUACGCAUUCUUACGCUGAUCUCUGCGCGAUGAUUUCACUGCGAAUCGCUGUUUCGUCGUUUGUACAAAAGAACAAGAAAGCGAAUUUGAAUUUUAUGUACGCACCCCCACUCGUAUUGCUUCCUUUGAACAGCAAGUCGAAGCGUUGUAACGCCGAGUUUAGAACAGUGCGAUAACGGACGCGCUUAGCCAAGAAAUGCGUUGCAUCGGCUUUUGAUGCUCGAGACUAAUUCGCUGGAUCUAAAGAUCUAAAGAUCAAUUACGUUCGAUUGCUGCUCAGCGUUCGUGCAACUGUCUCCGCUGAGUACGAGUAUAAUGCUCGUAACGAUAUCGCUAAAAAACACACGGCUGAUCUUUCUCGUACUAACAUCGAUUCUCUCUCAUGAUAUUUUGUAGGCACGCAAAAGAGCCGUUGAGAAACUAUAUGAAUAAUGCUUCUUUUAUUUUACCGCGAGGAAUUGCGAAUGACGUGAGACGCAGUGCGUCGACGGUAUGUCCUGAAUUAAUUUUCAAUCGACUAGGAUGCAAAAGUAUCUCUCAAGCAGAUAAUUUAAUUUUAUAACAACAACAUAUACGAGCGAUUGUAACAUAUAAAUUUGUAGUAUUGUUGUAGUAUUAUUAUUAGUGAUAUAUAAGAUAUAGCCUCUCAAUUCGUUCGUCCAAUACUUCAAACAAAUAUUUUGUUUGCUGGAUGCCCUUAACGCCGCGCGUUAAGUGCGUUCAUUAGCAAGUAUUUUAACAAGACGUUUUUUAACGAGAUGUAACAAGUAUACGUUAGCGCGAGAUUUUUCCCGAAAUAAACAUACAAUUAUGCAUGCGUUCGCUACGGAAAAUUGGCAAUUAAGUUUUGCGUUCGUGAUUAUUUUAUAUUAAUCAUUAGUGACAUAAUUAAGAGACUUUAUUCGAAAUUGUGAGCACAAAGUUGAUAUUUUUACCUUGAGAAAGUACGACAUGCAAAUAUAUAUUUACACAUAUUUUUUAUCUAGCGUUAUAGUAACUCGUAUCUUGUGAUUAUACGCGUUAACUUUACUACCGCUUGGCUUCCAGGGCAGCGAUAUUCUGUGCAAUAUGAGAUUGUUAAUACUACGUCUGUCCUCGUCUUUUAUAAUUCUGUAGUGCGGAAGAAAUAUGGUUGUUAAUCGGAUAACGACGAAGGUGUGCGGAUCCGGUUAUCUAGCUGCCUCCUAAGUAAAAAUUAGGAUUUUUUUUUAAUUAUUGUACAUAAAGUAUAUCCUACAUUUUGUUUCUUCGUUCGGAAUGUGAAACGCUUUUACUUGCACCUGCCCGUUACAGUAUUAGAUUUCCUUGUAUUUUUAUUACUCGAGCCAACCUGUAGAGAGAUUAGCUUUCGACAAAAUCGAUAUUUAAUGUUAAUGUGUAUCCUGUAAUAUAUAACAAUAAAUUAAAGUAUCAUUUGUAUCACACCGCCGAAUCAUCUAAUUAAUUUAUCAGCUCGUGCGCGUAGGAUACAUCCUGUAGUCUCGUUAAAGAUUCGUUCGUUUCAACGCGAAACUUCAAGCUCCGUCAAAUUCUUCCGCACUUCUCGCAAAAAUUCUAAUCGUUCAGUGACAAUUGAAUUAAUUGCUCGUAGUACGUUAUCCGUGCCAUUUCAUAACGCAUGCUGACCGCUGUGUUAUACCGCAGGAGACUUGGAUUCUCGUCCCGGCGACGUAGCGCAUUACACUCCCUAAUAUUCGUAUACAAUUUACUAGGUAGCCGCACCACGUGUCUCUUCGUGAUGCAUUCUUUUCCAACGACUUUCAAUUAUCGAAUCGUGUGGAAUUAUUGGUGGUGGCGUCCCUUACUGAGUCUCCCUUACAUAAAGAUGUACAGAGAAUCGUCUCCCAGAAAGUACUACCACUUUCCGACAACCGUGUGUCAUUUGUUGAGAAACAGAUCUUCAUCGUAAUAUAUUCCGUUCGUCCGUACAAAUCUCCCCGACCUCUCACCGAGUCGGAAGAACGAAGGUAUUCAGGGAAAAGGUUGUUUCAGUUUACGCGCGUAGGGGAUUCGAUUCGGGCGCGCAUUCUUCGUUCCCGAUGAACGAUACCGCGAAUAAACGCGUCUUUCUGCCGUGUGAGCACCGAGAGUGAGUUUCAUUCCCGACACUCGAAGCCAGUUCCUGGUCCGGCUACUCUUACCGAAUGCUCUAUCGUGCCGCGUGAUCGACUUCGUACUUGUGAUAGCCCCGCAAGCACAGCCUUGGCUCGCGUACGUUUUAUACCCUCGCGUCGCCUGGCACGAGCAGCACGUGAUGUAAUUAAACCUGACUUUCGGUAGGGAGAAGGAAGUCGAUUGAGGAAGGUCUCGCGAGAGAGGGGCGGUAGAUAAAAAAAGAAAAGGGAAGAA